AUGGCAGCUCAAUCAGUACGACCGUUGGAGGGAAAGAACUUUUGUUGCACGGGAAUACCAGCUGAGAGACGCAAGGUUGUGGCCAAGAAGAUUGUCGCCAUGGGCGGCUUUUACCUGGCUGACUUGAUGACAGAUAUUCGGUACCUAAUAGUGGGUCGUCGCGACAGCGAUAAGUUUCGGUUCGUUGUCAAGAACCGAUACGAUGUCAUCUGCCUAGCACCUGACGCCAUUGAUACCGUGUAUAAGUUAUGGCUCGAAGGUGAACCUAAAGAGAGAUUAGACCCGGGGCUUUAUCGACUACCGAUUUUUGAUCAGAUGAAACUUUGUGUGGCACGUAUUGAUGAAAAGCUUAAUCGAAAAGAAUUCAUAGGGCCAGAUAAAUGUUGGAGGAAUACUCUCCAUGAGACCCCGUUCGAGAAGAACGUUAUACAAACGAUGUUGAGGAAAAAUGGGGGUGAGUUCAGCGACGUACUAAGUCAAGAUUUGACCGCAGUUAUCACAACUGAAACCAGAGGCAAGCGCGUAGAGAUGGCCCGAGAAUGGAAGAUUCCUGUGGUGCAUCCAAUUUGGGUCCACGAUUGCGUUGUACGUGGACUCGCCAUACCUUUCAUAUAUUAUAACUUGAACCCAGACAAUGACUACACAAAAGGUUGCAAUGUAUGGUCACUGGUGGUGAAAAGAAAUAGAACGAACAAUAAGGUUUCAACAGCUGUCAAACGAGCGGGAUCGGAUACCGUAUGGAAGCUGUUAAUGAUUUCGAAAUCAUCUAUUCCGAAUUUGGCGCCAGACGCCGAGCCAAAUGUUUGGGGUGAUUCCAACGAAGCUUUUUCGGAACUCGCCGAGGAGGAACCAUCAUCAGAUAUCAUUACACCAGCACCCAAACGAAGGCAAACAUCCACCAAAUCAAGGCUUUUUCAAGAUUUGGCAUUUGCUUCUUUAGGAUUCACCAAUGAUAAAAAGAAGAUGCUUUCUAAGGUACUCGCAGCUAAUGACGGCCGUUUAGUCACACCAAAAGAUGCUCAAACAACCCACGUCGUUGUUCCAUGGGAGGAUGGGUCUCAAGCGGCCUUGGCUUUGAAACUUCUACCCAAUGAGUUGCAACAGCGUAUCACCUCAGGUGAAGUAAAAGUUGUCUCGGAUUGGUUUCUUGAAAGAAGCAUUUACAACAAGCAAUUACAAUACGACUGUUGGAGCGAACCUUUGCAAGGCAUGAAAAAGCUCAAUGCCGAAAUCUUAGGGCGUCGUUUGAAAGUUUGCAUUUCUGGAUUCACAGGAAUUGAAUUAUUGCACGUUGGAAGUUUAUUGCGCAAACUUAACUUUGAAUUCGAAGAGUCACUUACGAAAAGCCGAGAUCUACUAAUUGUGAAUGUCAAUGUAUUCGAAAAUUCGAACGCUUUGAGUAAAGAGCUCUUAUCUCAAACACCCAAAGAAAUUAUAAAAUGUCCUUAUUCCAUUCUGGUUUCGAAACUUUCAACUACCAACAAAAUAAAGUUUGCGAAAAGCAACCAAAUUCCCGUUGUGUCGCUAAAGUUCUUGUGGGAGAUGUUGGCUUUGAGCGCCGAACUGAGUAAACCGUACUUAAGAUUUCCUGAACUCAGUGACCUGCGGUGGUGUGUAUACAUGCCCACUCAACCCAAUGCAAUAACUGAAUACACCACUCGAAUGGGGCAAGCGCAUGACCUGCUAAGCGAAUCACCUGUGAAAUACCCAUCUCCUCGCAAAUCCUCCUCAAUUGCCUCAGGCAAGAUUACAGGCUCCUCAGGUAUGCCCAUAAGCAUAACGGCCACACCGUCACAUCACCCUACUUCAGAGAGUUCUGGGGACGAGGGAAUAGUGUAUUUAGACGAAGGUCGUUCUUAA